AUGCCGGUGGUAGGUGUUGCCUCUAAACUUCGGCAGCCCACGGUGGGCUCUAAACCCAUUCACACAGCGCUGCCGAUUCCUAACCCUGGCAGGAUCAACAUGUCACAAGGCUAUGCAAGCAAGACCCCAGAACUGAGGAGCACAGAUUCUCCCAUCCUGUCCUGUCAGCUGUCGCUCAAAGCUGAGUGCCAGGAGCGCAGGACGCCUCCUGAAAGGAACCGAGAGUUGGAGGAGAGUAAGAUCUGCAAGAUCUACACUGACUGGGCUAACCAUUAUCUUGCUAAGUCAGGCUGCCCACGACUCAUCAAGGACCUGACUCAAGACAUAGCUGACGGAGUUCUGCUGGCAGAAAUAAUCCAGAUUAUAGCAAAUGAAAAGGUGGAGGAUAUCAAUGGCUGUCCCAGGAGUCAGGCUCAAAUGAUUGAGAAUGUGGAUGCCUGCCUCAGUUUCUUGGAAGCACGAGGAGUGAAUGUGCAAGGGCUCUCUGCAGAAGAAAUACGGAAUGGGAAUCUGAAGAGCAUUCUGGGGCUCUUCUUUAUCCUGUCACGCUAUAAGCAACAGCAGCAGCACCAGCAGCAGUAUCUACAAUCACUCGUGGAGCUUCAGCAGCAGGUUACCCACCAGGCCAGCGGAGCCACACCAGCAAGUCCACAUAAGACCCAAGACAUGCAGUCCAGUCUCACUGCACGAUAUGCAAGUCCACCACCAGGCCACAGUGGAAUAGGUGCAGGUCAGAAGAAAAAUACAAGGUUGCCAGGCCCAUCAAGAGCAUCCGCUGCAGGCAGCGGGGCUGGUAAGACACAGGGUUCCUCCAAUCUUAACAGAAGAAGUCAGAGUUUCAACAGCAUUGACAAGAGCAAACCACUGCAGUAUGCAAGUGGUAACGACAGAGAGUCUGUGAAGGGCAUCCCUCUGCCUGGCAGUAUGAAUGGAAGUGGUGUUGUGCCCAGCAGCACCAGCGGGCAGCAGCUGGCCUCUGCCAUCCCCUCACCUACCGCCGGCAAGUCCUGGCGCAGCAAAUCCAUGAGCAUGAAGCACAGUGCCACUUCCUCCAUGCUGGCCACAAAACCUCCCAGCCCCACGGCUUCACCCACUCCUCCCUCUGCCUCUGAUCGCUUGCGUCCCCCCAUGACUGAAGCCCCCAAGUCAGCCAUCGCUUCCAGCAACCAGCGCUCGAUGCUGGAAAAGUUUCGCCUUAUCAACCCACGGUCGGCCUCGCGUGCCUCACCCUCCAUGGCUGAGAUGGCCCUUCAAGAAGAGGAUGAUCUGUCCGAGUAUGGAGAUGAACCCAUCGCCAACCCAACGCCUCCAACUGGAACCCCCAAACAGCAGGCCAAAUCUCCAGGAACAUCCCUCCUGCCGGGCAAAGGCUCAGGCAACAGCAAGACUCCAAGCAAUAAGUCCAUGUCCCAGCCCAAAGACAAGGAGGAAAGGAACAAGGGCAAAGUUAAGGCUAGCACACCUCCCAAGGAAGAGCCCACAGCUGUUGAGUCUGCCAAGAAGAGCUCGAAGAUCGCCAGUCUCAUCCCCAAAGGGAGUAAGACAUCAGCGGCUUCAGUCAAAAAAGAGAGCACCCUCCCUGCCUCCAGUGGUAUCCCCAAACCUGGACUGAAAGCCCCUGCUGCCACAUCAAAGUCCCCUGGAACCCAGGCCUGCCUGACAAGUGGAGCUUUGCGGGAUGGUGAAAAGGCCAAACUGGCAAAAGGGAGCCAGGCAGGCCAGGGGGGCCAGGGAACCCAGUCACACUACAUGCAACGUUCAGCAGGGGGACUGGAAGGUCGCAGAACCAGCAUGGUGUCCUCUACCAGUACUUCUGCCCUUUCAGGCUCUGCUUCACAGGGGCUGGUUGGUGGGGCUGCACUAAGGGGCAACGGAGCAGUGCAACUUCCCCAGCAGCAGCAGCACAACCACCCCAACACAGCCACUGUUCCUCCCUUCAUGUACAGGACAUACUCAGAGAAUGACUGCACUACGGUGGCCCCAGCCGACCCCUGUCUGAGCCCCACCAAGGGUGAUCUGGUCUACGGCAAGACUGCCAAGCAGUGCCUGGAGGAGAUCUCAGGGGAGGAUCCAGAAACGAGGCGGAUGCGCACGGUGAAAAAUAUUGCUGAUUUGAGGCAGAACCUUGAAGAGACUAUGUCCAGUUUACGAGGCACUCAGAUCAGCCACAGCACCCUGGAGACCACCUUUGACACCACAGUAACUACAGAGGUAAAUGGCCGAGGUAUCCCAGCCCUCUCCAGUCGCUCCUCUCCCAUGGCCUGGCGUCUCGGCCAGUCACCCAGCCCCCGCCUGCAAGCUGGUGAUGCCCCAUCCUUGCCAGGUGGCUAUGCCCCACCCCGAACUGGAGCUGGGACAAGCGGUCGCUAUGGUCAUUCAGAUCCCUCUCGGUUUGUGUAUACAGCGCCCCUCAGGAGGGCAGCAACAGCAGGAACCAGAGGGCCAGACCCAGGGGAGAAAGUUGGGGGCACUGAGGCAGGUCCAGAAGUAGAUAUCACCGGAUACAUGAGUGAUGGUGACAUCUUGGCCAAAAAUGUCCGUGCUGAAGACAUCACUAGUGGUUAUCUAACAGAUGGAGGCCUUCACCUGUACUCUCGGAGUGUGGGUCGUGCCCCUGAAUUGACCUCAUCCCGUGACAUCAUUCAGAGAGGGGUUAAAGAGGUGCAGGGUGAUGUUGACAGUUGGGACGACAGUAGUUCAGUUAGCAGUGGUUUAAGUGACACUCUGGACAACAUCAGCACUGAUGAUCUGAACACUCCUGCUUACUCUGGCAGCUCACCACACAAGAGCAAAGGAACUCAGUCCCAAACGGACUCACAUAAACAUGUGGAACAGGACAGUAGUACCUGGGCUGGGGCAGAGGAUCUGAAGAAAGUGGAUGAAGAGAUGGACUCCAGCAUGGACCCUACCUCCAAGUGGAAACCUUCCUCAUCUUCCCCUGCAGGGGGUGAGGAAUCAGGGCAGAAAACGGGUCUGCCUAUGUCACAAACAGGUUCAUGGAGGAGGGGCAUGAGUGCCCAGGUGGGCAUCACCCCACCCCGGACAAAGGGUUCCUCAUCGACCCUCAAAACACCUGGCAAGACAGAUGAUGCUAAAGCUUCAGAGAAGGGCAAAACUCCCUCUAAGAACACUGGCAUCCAGCGCUCACCGUCGGAUGCCGGGAAGAGCAGUGGCGAUGAGGGCAAAAAGCCGCCCUCGGGGAUUGGUCGGCCUUCUGCUACAGGCUCCUUUGGCUUCAAGAAGAUGGCUGGACUCUCUGGAGCACUGAUCACAGCCAGUGGUGCCACACUGUCCAGUGGAUCAGCCACGCUGGGCAAGGUGCCUAAAUCCUCGGCUAUAGGGAAGGGCACUGGUAUCAGCAGUGGCCGUAAGACCAGUCUGGACGGUGCUCAGCCCCAAGAUGAUGGGGUGUUGCUGGGCUGUGGGGGAUCCAAAGUACCCCUCCAGUACCGUUCCCUUCCCCGGCCAGCCAAGUCAUCCAGUGGGAGCAGUGGGGUGGUAGGCCGCAGUGGGCACCGCUCCAGUUCCAGCAGCAUUGACUCGAAUGUCAGUGGCAAAUCUGCUGGAGGAGGUGGCGUAGGUACCCCUUCUGCUGGUGCCAAGAGACGGGAGGCAGGAAAGGUGGGCUCAGGCCGUUCCAGCCCCAUCACCAUCAACCAGACAGAUAAGGAGAAAGUGGCAGUGUCAGAUCAAGAGGGCAGUGGACUCUCCACUUCCCCCAAGUCAAGUCCCACAUCCACAGGCCAAUCAGGCCUCAGACAACCUGGCUCCAAAUAUCCAGACAUUGCCUCACCAACCUUCCGCAGGUUGUUUGGCUCCAAAGCCAGCAGCAAGCCUAGCUCACCUGGUACACCUGACUCUGGUAAGUGCCCAUCCGCACUGGGCAGUCCUCAUGGCACGCUUGCUCGUCAGACAAGUUUAGACUCACCCUCCUCGGGCACGGGGAGCCUGGGCAGUAUGGGUGGGCAGAGCGGAGGCAGUAGCCCACUCUAUGGUAAAGUGCCUGAAAUUGGCACUGACUCUGCUGCCUCUAGCCCUGCCUCAGGCCUUUCAUUACCCUCCAAUGCCCGACCCUGGCCCGCCAACCUCAGCAGCUCCUCAGCAGGCAGUAAAGACACACUCAGUUGUCAGAGCAUGACCAGUCUGCACACCAGCUCCGAGUCCAUUGACCUGCCCUUGGGUCACCACGGCCCGAAGGUCACCCGCACUGGCAGUGUCAAAUCCACGCUGUCUGAGGGCAUGCCCCUUGACCGAAACACACUUCCCAAAAAGGGUCUGAGGUAUCCCCCAUCAUCCAGACAGACAUCUCAUGAAGAAGGGAAGGAGUGGCUGCGUUCUCAUUCUACAGGGGGACUACAGGAUACAGGAAGCCCCUUGUCCCCAACUGGGACUUCCUGUACCAACACUGGCAAAUACAACUACUCUAACCUGCUGAGUCCUACAAACCUGUCUCAGUUCAACCUACCUGGUCCCAGUAUGAGUCGGUCCAACAGUAUCCCAGCCCAGGACUCCUUUGAUCUGUAUGGAGAGGCACACCCUUUGGGUGGCAGUGCCACCUCGCUGGAGGAGCGGCCGAGGGGCAUGAGCCGGUCCGGAUCAUUCAGGGAUAGCACGGAUGAAGUCCAUGGUUCCUCUCUGUCUCUGGUCUCUAGUACAUCGUCAUUGUAUUCAGCGACUGAGGAAAAAGCUCACUCAGAGCAAAUCAGAAAACUAAGAAGAGAGCUGGAUGCCUCCCAAGAAAAGGUUGCAACCCUGACUUCUCAGCUCUCAGCCAAUGCACAUCUGGUUGCCGCCUUUGAGAAGAGCUUGGCUAACAUGACCUGUCGUCUACAAAGCCUCACCAUGACCGCCGAACAAAAGGAGUCAGAGUUGGCUGAGUUGAGGGAGACCAUUGAAGCCCUGAAAGCACAAAAUACAGAUGCCCAAACAGCCAUCCAAGUUGCACUCAAUGGUCCUGACCAUCUCCACAAAGACCUGCGGAUUAGGAGGCAACAUUCAUCAGACAGCAUGUCUAGCAUUAACAGUGCUGCCAGUCACUCCAGCAUGGGUAGUGCCAAGGAUGCAGAGGACAAGAAAAAGAAAAAGAAGAGCUGGGUAAGUGGUAGGGGAGAUGAUUUGCGGAGUUCCUUCAAGCAAGCUUUCAGUAAGAAGAAGACCAACAAGCCACAAUCAUCUCAUGAUGACACAGAGGAAAUGACUGACUCCUCUUUGCCCUCUUCACCCAAGCUGCAGCAUGCUAAUAGACAAGGGAGUGUCCAGGCACUGCGCUCAUCCCCAUCAACCACAGACAAAUCCUCCCCCCUAUGGAUGCCAAAGAAAAGGCAAAACGGUCAUGUGGUCUACAAGCACAGAUCUCGGCUAUGUGAAUGUACGGAAGCAGAGGCUGAGAUCAUCCUACAGCUGAAGAACGAGCUGAGGGAAAAGGAACUGAAGCUGACCGAUAUCCGCCUGGAGGCUCUCAGCUCCGCCCAUCAUCUGGACCAGAUCCGAGAGGCCAUGAACCGCAUGCAGAAUGAAAUAGAGUUGCUGAAAGCCGAGAAUGAUCGACUCAAAUCCAGCGGAAGCACCACGCCCGCUGCCACUCCCGCCAAGAUGACUCGCCCUCCCUCUGAAACCUCCAGCACUUCAUCUUCAUCCUCACGCCAAUCACUGGGGCUGUCACUCAACAAUCUCAACAUCACAGACACCAUCAUGUCAGAUAUUCUCCUAGAUGACAGUUAUGAGGGAAAUUUGCGCAAAGAGGGUAGGAGUGUCCGGAUCGUGGUCACAAUCAACAGUGGCUUCAACAGGACAAAGGCUAUGCAGAGUCAAGAGUACCUCAUUGGCUCCAUCGGAGUCAGCGGAAAAACAAAGUGGGAUGUUCUGGACGGUGUAAUCCGACGUUUAUUCAAGGAAUAUGUUUUCCGAGUAGACCCAUUGACAAGCCUGGGAUUAAAUUCAGACAGCAUUGUGUGCUAUCGGAUGGGAGAUGUGGUGCGUUCCCAUUCUUCAGAAGUGCCUGAGCUGCUUCCCUGUGGUUACUUGGUGGGUGACAACAAUGUCAUCAUUGUCAACCUGAAAGGUGUAAAGGAGAACAGUAUAGACGCCCUGGUGUUUGACACACUGAUCCCCAAACCCAUCAUCCAGAGGUACUUGAACCUCCUUAUGGAACACCGCAGGAUCAUCCUGUCAGGCCCCAGUGGCACAGGAAAGUCGUACCUAGCUAACAAGUUGGCAGAGUACAUCAUCACCAUGUCUGGGCGAGAGGUCUCAGAGAGCACUGUGGCCAGUUUUAAUGUGGACCAGAAAUCCAGCAAGGACCUGCGUCAGUACCUGUCCAGUUUAGCAGAGCAGUGUAACUCAGAGGAGAGCGACACAGAGCUUCCCACAGUGGUGAUCCUGGAUAACCUCCAUCACAUCGGCUCUCUCAGUGACAUCUUCAACGGCUUCCUUAACUGCAAGUACCAUAAAUGUCCAUAUGUAAUAGGAACCAUGAACCAGGGAGUGUCCUCAUCACCUAACCUUGAGCUACAUCAUAAUUUCAGAUGGGUACUAUGUGCCAACCACACUGAGCCAGUCAAAGGUUUUCUGGGUCGGUUCCUACGUAGGAAACUCAUCGAGACAGAGAUAGACAAGAACAUGCGCAGCAAUGACCUGAUAAAAAUCAUUGACUGGAUCCCCAAGAUCUGGCAACACCUUAACAGCUUUCUGGAAGCACACAGCUCAUCUGAUGUCACCAUUGGGCCUCGACUAUUCCUUUCGUGUCCUAUGGAUGCCGAUGGCUCUCGCGUGUGGUUCACUGACCUAUGGAACUACUCACUGGUGCCGUACCUCCUGGAGGCUGUGAGAGAGGGCCUUCAGCUGUAUGGUAAGAGGGCUGCAUGGGAAGACCCCUCCAAGUGGGUGAAUGAGACGUACCCGUGGAGCUCUGCAUCCCUACAGCAAGAUGGUCAGUCCCUUCUCCAGCUACGGCCAGAGGAUGUGGGCUAUGAUGGCUACAGCUCCUCCAAAGAGGGAGCCUCCUCCAAGCAAGUCUCCCAGAGUGACACUGAAGGAGAUCCAUUGAUGAACAUGCUCAUGAGACUUCAGGAGGCUGCCAACUACUCGAGCGCACAAAGCUGUGACAGUGACAGCACCAGUCACCAUGACGACCUGCUGGACUCGUCACUGGAGUCAGCACUUUAG